AUGAAUACCAAGAAAGCCCCCAUAUCGGUGGGCUUGAUAUUGACUAUUUUGUGCGCUGGUUUACUCCUCCAGGGAGCCGGCGAUUCGCACAUGGCGUCGUUCCUCUCGGAACACGCGCAACGUGUCGGUAUGUCCACGAUGCAGUACGGAAUAAUUAUGGGCACGAACAGUGUCGUUGCCAUCACAGUGCUUCCGUUGAUACCCAAAUUCACGAUGUUGAACAUCAUCAGCGACAAGUGUUUCCUCAUCAUCGGCUACCUCAUUGACGCAACGGCGAUGCUCGCGAUCACAUCAGUCGACUUCCUCGGUCUGACGGGAUCGAGUUUUUUCUUCGCGCUCCUCGCUCUCCGGAUCGUACAAUCCGUCGGCGCCUCAAUAGGUUUCACUCUCGUUUAUUCCGUGAGCGGAGUCGAACUACCCGAUCAUUCGCAUCUGACCGUCCCCUUCCUGGAAACAAUGUACGGCACGGGCCUGACCUUGGGCCCCGCGAUCUCGGGGGCGCUCUACGACCUCGGCGGUUUCCCGCUCCCGUUCACCUACCACAGCGCGAUGCUGUUCGGUUUGGCUUUCGUCGCCGGCCGAUUUCUCCCGCAACAUGCGCCAGCGGAUAGCGAAGAAGAGCGCGGGCUGUCAUUGAAGAAAAUGUUGCGUCCGACGAUCUUGAUCUGCAUGCUCAUGGUCGCCACGUCGAACAUCGUGGACACUUUCAACGAUUCGACGCUGGCGAUGCUGCUCCAUCGAUUCUCGCUCCCCACUACCCUCGUCGGGCUGUCGUUUUUCCUGUCGGCGGGUUCCUACACCGCCUCCAGCCUGGUCUCGGGUCUCCUCUCGGAUGGACCCCAUAGACAGCUCGUGCUUCUGAUCUGCCCGCUGAUCACGAUAAUCUCGUUAAUUUUCCUCGCGCCUCUAGUCCCAAUGGCCGAGCACCCGUUGUGGCUCGUGUAUAUUUGUCAACUGCUCCUCGGACUGUCGGUCGGUCCGAUGUAUGUGUAUUGUUAUUUGCUGACAGUCGCUGACCUUACCUCGAUCAGCGAUAAUAAGACCGCUCAUACGGCGACCGCGGCGGUCACGAACUGGUCGGCUUUCGUAGGUUGUUUCAUUGGUCCCGUCAUGGGGAACUUCAUCAUCGAGAAUCGGUCUUACCAUGACGCAACCCUAGUCGUCACACUGAUCACUGCCGGAUCGACUCUAAUAUAUUCCGUUUACUUAGCGCGAAGGUCAUGCCUGCGGAAACCGGUUCAACAGAUGGUCUGA